AUGGCGGCUUGGAUUAUCUUGGCUUGGCUGGUGAGUUUAUCGUCGGCCGUUCCUUCGAAUCGAGUACCGGUCCGUGAGAUCCUGCCUCCCCCGCCGCCGUGGGACCAUCACCAGCACCAACAGCACGGGUACCUUCCUCCCUCGUUCCGGAGAGACGCCGUCGAAAGCUCGCCGACCCUGCCGACCUCCGGCCGCCUGUCAAAUGAUUUAGAUUACGAUGAGUUCGGCUCGCACAGGUAUCCCCUGCGCGACGCGGUCGAGUCGUUGCCGGACAACGUGCUGGACGUUAAAUCGAAUCCGACAUUCCGAGGCGACUUCGAGAGCGAGAGCCGAAGAGUGCCCUUGAGAGACGCAGUGGAGCAUCGGGAAGCGCCUUUUCUCGGCGUCGAUCCGGAUCACGAGUCGAUCUGGAUCGAACCCGUGGCACCGCCGACUUUGCGAAGGACACAGCAGAUUCUCGAACCUAAAAUUGUCUGCCGCUUCAACUCUGAAGCCGUUCAUAGAACGGAACCGUUCUCCUUGUACCCGCAAAAUGUGCCAGAUUACAAGUGCACUCAUUUGGUUUAUUCCACAGCUACCAUCGACAGAAAAGAUUCCGUCGUUCCUGGCGAUCCAGAGUACGACCGAGUUAAAGGUGGUUACAAUGCUGCUACAGGACUUCGCUUGAAGGAUCCAGCGCUGCGCGUGCUGAUAUCCAUCCAGCCGAGUUCACAUCGCAGCCUAGUUAUCCAACGAAAUGCCAAUCUCUCCAGCAGCUUCCCAUUGCGGGAAUCUAUUCUCAAAUUCCUCGAGGAGUAUCGCUUUGACGGUAUCGAGCUCGAUUGGCCGACCGCCGCUCAGGACUGGCCCCAAUUUAAAGUUCUGCUGAAAUUGAUCGGAGUCCCGUUAGCCAAAAAGGGAUAUACCCUCGCGGUGACGCUGAAACCGGAAGAUCCCGUGGAUCCGGAACUCUUAUCGAUUGUCGAUCUGAUAAUCCUUAAAAGCUGGCGGGACGAUCGACCGGCUUGUUCCUCUUGCGAAAAAACGGAGAACCCCGUUCUCCAUCCAGGUCCCUUGAGUUUCAUCGUGCAAAACGUGAGCAAAUGGGUCGAGCAGGUCAGCGCCGAGCAACGGUCGAAGAUCGUCCUCGCUAUCCCGAUCUUUGGUCAGGGAUACACUCUCAAGUUCGGUAAUCUCACCGACGUCGGCGCGCCCGCUCAGAAACCCGGCAAAGAGGGUGCUUAUACUAAAUGGCGAGACGGAAAAUUAGCUUAUUACGAGGUGUGUGAGAAGCUGGAAAGAGGUUUGUGGAUCUCUGGCAGGGACGAGGAAGGACCGUACGUGAAGCGGGGCGAUCAGUGGAUCGGCUACGACGAUCCUAUAUCGGUUAAAAUUAAAGCGGCGUUUGUUCGGGCGCUGGGACUCGGCGGGGUUUCGUUGUGGUCGCUGGAUCUAGAUGACUUUCAGGGUAUCUGCGGAAAUCCUUGGCCGUUGCUGAACGCCGCGGUACGAUCCUUAGGAUAUUACGAGAACGCUUCGGCAAAGAAGUGUCCGAAAGACGGUCUCUCCAGAGAUCCCGACAAUUGUUCCGCAUUUUAUUCCUGUGUCAAAGGAGUGCUGCAUCAUGGUCAUUGCGGGCACAGCCGGUUCUUUGACCCGACGGAGGGACGUUGUGUGGCAAGCAUCCUGGCAGGGUCUCCUGAGAUCUGCAAGCAUAACGUUUUCGAUAAAAUUGUCAUCGAUCAAGAUACGACAUCGUCGAAGAAGGUGCUGCAGCAAAUCGGUCCGCGAGUAGUGUGUUACAUGACGUCCUGGGCACUAUAUCGCAAAGGGGACGGCAAAUUCGUGCCGGAACACCUGGAUUCGAGUCUCUGCACCGAUAUCGUCUACGCUUUUGCCGGGUUGAAUCCCGAGACGCUGUUGGUUCAGCCGUUCGAUCCUUGGGCCGAUAUCGAAAACAAUCUGUACCAGCGAGCGACUUCGAUCAGAGGAUCGAGAAUACUGCUGGCCUUAGGCGGGUGGACCGACAGUUCCGGUGAUAAAUACUCUCAAUUGAUUGGAAGCGGCGUCGCUCGUCGUAAAUUCGUUAUCGCCACGGUGAACUUCCUGAAGAAGCACAGUUUCGACGGUCUGUCGCUCGAGUGGAGCUAUCCCAAGUGCUGGCAGAGCGACUGCAAGAAGGGCCCGGAUUCCGACAAACCGAACUUUACUAAAUUGGUGCAAGAGCUGAGAGAGGAAUUUAACAAGCAGAACCCGCCUCUUCUGUUGGCUGUUGCCCUGUCGGGGUACAAAGAGGUCAUCGACAAGGCGUACGAGGUGCGCGAAAUCUCGCAGGCCGUCGACUUCAUGCCGGUCAUGACAUACGAUUAUCACGGAGCGUGGGAAUCCAAGUUGGCGCACAUAGCGCCCUUGUUCGGGUCACUAGGCGACAGCAAACCCUAUUACAAUGUCAACUUCACCAUGAAUUACCUCGUCGAGCUCGGUGCUGAGAAAUCCAAGCUUCAAGUCGGUAUCCCGUUAUAUGGGCAAUCUUAUCGGCUGUCGACGGCGAGCCAAGCCGAUCUGGGUGACCCCACGACCGGUCCCGGCAAGCCGGGAGAGUUCACCAAGCAACCUGGAAUGUUGGCGUAUUAUGAGAUUUGCGAGAGGAUCAAGCGGCACAAUUGGAAAAUAGGAGUCGGACCAAGCGCUCACUUCGAUAACCAAUGGGUAGGUUACGAAGAUCGAGAGAGUGUCUACGCUAAGGGCAAAUACAUCUUGGCAAACGGCUAUGGUGGAGCGUCAAUGUGGACUGUUGAUUUAGACGAUUUUCAGAAUCUCUGCUGUUCUGAGUCGUAUCCACUAUUGAAAACUAUAAAUCGUGCGCUAGGUCGCUUGUCGACGCCCAUCUCGGAGGACUGCCAACGUCCACCGCAGCCGGUGACACCCCAAGCACCGACCCUAACUACUCACAGCGACGCCGCGGACGGCAAUCCGCAACCGACCACGCCAAUGACAACAUCCACUAAAGCUACCACGUGGCCCACGUGGACGGAGAGACCAAGUACCACGACUCAGCAAACGACUAGAACCACGUGGCCCAUGUGGACCUGGACAAGCCACAAGCCCAGCAAAAUCCCGGACGUAACAAAGCCUAACGAGACUCAAAAACCGAGUACAACCCCUAGCACUACAUCGACUACAUCGAGCGCACCGACUACGCGGCCGACACUUGCCACGACGCAGGAAUCAAUUGCCAUCAAGCCGGAAACGAAUUGCACUAACGGCGAAUAUUACAGCGAUCCCGCGAACUGCGGAAAUUAUUACAGAUGCGACCGCGGCGAGUUGAAACGCGAACAGUGCGCGCCCGGAUUACAUUGGGACGCGAAUCGACAAUUGUGCGAUUGGCCAUCGGCGGCGAAAUGUCAAACUGGCUCGACCUCGACGACAACCAGUCCUUCAUGGAGUUCAACAAAAGAGCCAUCCGCUACAACCGCCAAGGUUACUACAAGGCCAACGACAACAACGACGACGACGACGACGACGACGAUGGCGACCACGAAGCUCACUACAUCGAAACCUGUUGUUAUCAUGGAACCAACGCAAAAACCACAAAGGCCAUGCGAACAUGGGCAAUAUUACCCCUAUCCAAAUUCAUGCACGAGCUUUUUGGUUUGCGUGAACGGCAACCUCGUCUCGCAGCAGUGCGGUCCCGGUUUAAAUUGGAACACCGAGAAGAACAUGUGCGAUUGGGCCUUCAAAAGUCCGUGCGCCGACAAGCCACACAAGAACGCCCUGCUCGUGGAUAAAGACACCGUCCCAACCGCCUGCAUCUCCGGCAGCUACAGCGGCGUGCCGGGUGACUGUACGAGCUACCAGGCGUGCCUUUGGGGUCGCCAGGAGGUGUUCAGCUGCGCGCCGGGUUUGCACUUCAACACGGAGACCCGUAUCUGCGACUGGCCGUCCCGGGCGAAGUGCACGGACGACGAUGGCGACAAGGAAAUCACCACGCAGCCGGCAACGACAUCCUCGCAGCCAUCAAUCACGCAAAAACCUGUAGUCACCAACCCGGCGUUUACUACGGAAAAGACGUCGGUGCCGACUACAUCGACUACCACGAGUCAGCCUACGUCAACUUUACCCCCGGCGAUUAUAGAUCCUGACAAGGUGUCCCCGCUAUCCGGCUACUACAAGGUUGUGUGCUACUUCACCAACUGGGCUUGGUACCGUCGUGGAAAUGGCCGUUACUUGCCGGAGCACAUCGAUCACACUCUGUGCACGCAUAUCGUGUACGGUUUCGCGGUGCUGGACUACUCCGAGAUGGUGAUCAAGGCGCACGACUCCUGGGCGGAUUACGACAAUCGUUUCUACGAGAGGGUGGUAGCGUAUAAAAAGCGAGGUCUUAAGGUGCUCCUCGCACUGGGUGGCUGGAACGACUCGGCCGGCGAUAAGUACAGCCGAUUGGUGAACAGUCCAUCCGCUAGAAAGAAGUUCAUCGACCAUGCCAUUCAGUUUAUCGAGAAAUACGGCUUUGACGGAUUAGAUAUGGAUUGGGAGUAUCCCGUUUGCUGGCAGGUGGAUUGUAACAAGGGCCCAGAUUCGGACAAAGAAAGUUUUGCAGCUCUAUUACGCGAAUUAAGCGCUGAAUUCAAGCCGAAAGGAUUGCUCCUCUCAGCAGCGGUCUCGCCGAGCAAAAAAGUGAUCGACAAGGGCUACGAUGUGCCGGCAUUGGCCAAGUAUCUGGAUUGGAUCGCUGUUAUGGCAUACGAUUAUCACGGACAAUGGGACAAACGAACUGGUCACGUUGCACCCUUGUAUUAUCACCCGGACGACGAGUUCUAUUACUUCAACGCUAACUACUCGAUUAAUUAUUGGAUUUCGAAGGGUGCCCCACCCAGGAGCAUCGUCAUGGGCAUGCCGUUGUACGGACAAUCCUUCACAAUCAACGAUCCGAGAGCUGGGACUGGUCUGAACUCUCCGGCCAGCGCCGGAAAUGCCGGGGAGUUCACGCGAGCUGCUGGUUUUCUGGCUUACUACGAGAUCUGUGAUCGAGUACGUAAUCGCGGUUGGACGAUAGUACAGGAUCCGGAGGGUAGAAUGGGACCCUACGCCUACAAGGGCAGCCAAUGGGUCAGUUUCGACGACUCGGAAAUGAUUAGGCGGAAGGCGCAGUUCGUACGCGACAUGGGCCUGGGCGGUGGCAUGGUAUGGGCACUGGAUUUAGACGAUUUCCGCGGACGAUGUGACAGCGGACCUCAUCCAUUGAUGCACACAAUUCAGCGAGUGCUUGCGGAACCGCCGAAUGAGCGCGACAAGCCUCUGAAACCGCCAUCACCGCCAGCACCACCGCCGACGACGACGUUGACCGUCACGCCUACGCAAGCGAUACGACCGACCACGACAGUGGAUACGCAGGACAGUCCCAAGAACGACGAGUCAUUUAAAGUCAUCUGCUAUUUCACUAACUGGGCCUGGUAUCGACAGGAAGGUGGCAGAUUCGUACCGGAGGAUAUAGAUCCCGAUCUCUGCACCCACGUGCUUUACGGAUUCUCCGUACUCGACGGUAGCAGUUUAACGAUGAAGUCUCACGAUCCCUGGGCCGAUUUGGACAACAAGUUUUACGAGAGGGUAGCGGCGUUCAAGGCGAAGGGUCUGAAGGUGCUGAUGGCGCUGGGCGGCUGGAACGAUUCGGCCGGCGACAAGUACAGCAAACUCGUAAACUCGCCGUCGGCCAGGCGACGAUUCAUUACGCAAGUUAUUAUCUUCAUCGAGAAGUACGGCUUCGAGGGCCUCGAUCUCGAUUGGGAGUACCCGGUGUGCUGGCAAGUGGAUUGCAAAAAAGGCCCGGAGUCUGACAAGCGAAGCUUCGCCGAACUGGUGAAGGAACUCAGUGACGAAUUCAAGCCGCGCGGAUUACUUUUGUCUGCGGCCGUCUCGCCGAGCAAGAGAGUGAUCGAUGCGGGAUAUGACGUUCCCGUUUUGUCCAAAUACCUGGACUGGAUAUCCGUAAUGACGUACGACUUCCACGGUCAAUGGGACAAGAAAACCGGCCACGUAGCACCGUUGUACAGUCUUCCGAACGACUGGGAACCGACGUUUAAUGCCAACUUUUCGAUCCAUUAUUGGAUAGAAAAAGGUGCAAAUCCGAAAAAAUUAGUCAUGGGUGCCCCUUUGUACGGGCAAUCAUUCUCACUUGCUGAGAGAAACGUACACGGAUUAAACGCUCCGACCUAUGGCGGUGGCGAGGCUGGAGAAGCGACCAGAGCAAGAGGUUUCUUAUCAUAUUACGAGAUAUGUGAAAGAACGUUGAAAAAAGGAUGGACAGUUGUCCAAGAUAAAGAGAGAAGAAUUGGUCCUUAUGCCUACAAGGGUGACCAAUGGGUGAGCUUCGACGACACUCAACAAAUUAAACUUAAGGCAGAAUUGAUAAAAAAACUUGGCCUCGGUGGUGGUAUGGUUUGGGCCUUGGACCUGGACGAUUUUAAGAAUAGAUGCGGAUGCGAACCCAGUCCGCUACUGAGGACGAUGAAUCGAGUUUUGCGAAACUAUCCGAAGGGCCCGCUGUGUCCUGUUACGGAAGAAGCGAUAGUAAUCGAUGUCGGCCAAAGCGACAUCGAAUCAACUGCCACCGAACAUCCAAUACACGAAUCCACUACAUCGCCAAGACCAAUACAUAUUCCAUCACCAACAAUCCCAACGACAACUGAAUCAGAUAUUGACGAUACCGUCGAGAUCGAAGCCAGCCCACCACCUCCGGCUGAUUGUGGAGGGCAUUUAUUUAUACCGCACAAAGACGACUGCACCAAGUAUUAUCUGUGCAACUUUGGUAAAAUCUCGGAACAUUCCUGUCCACCUGGGCUCUUCUGGAACGGAGACCGUUGCGACUGGCCAGAGAAUACCAAGUGCAAAACUGCUGAGCGUCAAAGCAGCCUAUCGCCGAAAGUUAGAAUUGCCAAGAAUGUAAAUGAAAAGAAAGUGGUUUGUUACUACACGAAUUGGGCUUCGAAACGGGCAAGUUUCGGCAGCUUCACCCCCGAGGAUAUCGACGGGCAACUCUGCACGCAUAUCGUGUACGCCUUCGCUACGCUGGAACCAGAGACAUUUCUUCUAAACAUCGAUGAUUCCGUUAACGUCUAUAGGAGUUUUCUCAACAAAACGGCGGAAAUCAAAAAAAGAAAUGGCCUUAAGGUGUUGCUCGGUUUAGGUGGAUGGAACGACUCGAAGGACGACAAGUAUAGCAGAUUGACCAGCAGUUCGCGAUUGACUAGAAAAAAUUUUGCCAGAUAUAUCGUAAGAGUUCUCGAACAAUAUGGAUUCGACGGUCUGGAUUUUGAUUGGGAGUUUCCGGUAUGCUGGCAGGGCGACUGCGGCCGCGGCCCUCAACAGGACAGCGAGAACUUCGUCGAAUUUCUCGAAGACCUCAGCGAGGCGUUGACAUCUAAAGGACUCCUGUUAUCCAUCACGGUCCCGGCGAGCAAGAUCGUCAUCGACCGGGGCUACACCCAAAUCCCGCUCUUAACACGCUACGUGGAUUGGAUCGACGUGGUGGCGUACGACUAUCACACUGGCUGGGAAAGCAAAACCGGCCACGUCGCGCCGCUUUAUCGUCAGCCCGAUGAUGUAAGCCCGUUCCUGAACGCGAACUUCUCCGUGACGUACUGGAUCAGCAAGGGCGUGCCACCCGAGAUGAUCGUCCUGGGCAUACCCGCAUACGGAUCGAGUUUUACUCUGUCCGAAAAGUCGCAGAAUGAAGUUGAACUUCCGCGACAGGGCUUCCACGCGAAGGCAGCCGGACCUGGAGAACCCGGCAAGUUCACGAGAUCGGCCGGUUUUCUAGCUUACCACGAGAUAUGCGAUAACGUGAAGAAUGACGGCUGGACCGUGACGAAGGAUCCGACCGGCCGCGUGGGACCGUACGCGUCGAGACGCGACCAGUGGGUCAGCUACGACGACGUGUCCAACGUAGCAAGAAAGGCUGAGCUAAUAAAGCAGCUAAAUCUCGGCGGCGGAAUGAUCUGGUCCAUGGACCUGGACGACUUCAGAGGUCUGUGCGGAUGCGGAAAGUAUCCACUCUUGACGGCCUUGAAUCACGAACUCGGAAGAGGGCACGGCCACGGGACGGACUGUACUUGAGCUGCGAAAUUGCGAUAACGCGAAAAGUAGAUAAAACGCGCGCCUCGAGGAACUUUUUUUUUAUCGCUCUGGUGCCCGUGACUCUUUAUUCGGUCAUUUUCUUAUUAUUCGGCAUUUCCUUAUAUAUACAUCUCCACGUUCACAUUUGUUAUCACUGCCAAAUUCUCUUAUCAACGCUUGCUCUUACCGAAUAUACAAAUAUUGAUCUGAGUAAUUCGAGGCGACUCUUUACUUACAAUUAGUUCGAAAAGCGGCAUACAUCACAGAGGAUUAGCUGUUCUUCCUGUUGUGCGUCUGAUAAUCACGAGUCUUGAAUUCUUCUGCCGAAUAAAGGGUUAAUAAUAAAUAUAGCGUUAAGUCACGCAGAUUGCUCAAUACGAACAAAAGAAAUCGUAUUUACGAUAAAUACUAUUUUGUAAAAGUAUAGUGCACGCCGGAUGUUGCGAACGGGAUUCUCUCGGCUGUCAUCUUGUGACGAUCGAGUGCUUCUUCCAUGCACAUCUUCUCUGCAGUUAUCUCAACAUGUAUGUACAGGUGAUACGCCGAUGUUAGACUCCAUUGUAUACCGUUCUAUUUUCGAUUUCCAUCACAUGAAUAAAAAGCAGGCGCGCACUACGGCACGUUGGAUUAACAUGGAAAUUUUCGGUCGAUUGUGUAAGAAUCUCGCGCAACGUUUGUGUUGUGUAAAAAUUUCUCGCGGUAGAUAAGAUAUAUACAUUAUGUUAAUGUUGUAAGGUGUAUGAAUGCCUUAAUAAUACGACAAUAUUGCGACACUCUUCCGGAUGACGUGAAUGAGAGAAGGAAAAAGUGGGGAGAAGAGAAAGAUUAUAGGUAGUAACGUAGAAUGCAUCGUAUCGCAUCUCGAAGACCGUUCUCCUUCCUGGGGCUUGCGUGUUUUCACGUCACCUGCGAAGAUUAGAAUUCUCGUGCUAACGUGUUUUGUAAUUAAGAUUGUAAUUAAGUAAUUGUCCUGCCACGAUUGUGCAUUUAUCAAGAAUACGACUGACGAAGUGAUUUAGUAAUGAGGUUCAGUAAGGCGGCUAAAGGAAGAUAAAUUAUAUGACUGCUGUUUAUAAACACAUCACUGAAUCAAUAAAUUACGCAUCAAAUAUAUAUAUAUACAUGAAUACAUACUGGGUUGCAUACUGCUCUCGAAUUGGUGCUCGUAAAGAUACGUAAGAUUCAUAAAUAACGUCCGCCAUAAAGUAUAAAAUGAUGAAAAAGCAAAAGAAGAGCAAAGUGGGAAUAGCUGAAUAAACCGGUUGUAAUCCGAGAUCGCGAAGUAGAACGAAAAGGCAGGAAAACUGAGCGAAUUCACGUUUAAAAUUCUGCCGAAGAAGUGCGUGGUGAAAAAAAUCAAAUUAUCGGUUAUCGUGAAAAAAUUUAAUGUGACGCAUCGCGUAAUAUCAAUAUAUGCCGUAUCAAAUGACAAGGUCAAGGGAAAAUGGCUGGCGGUCAUUUCCAAUUAUGAUGUCGCAUUUCCGCACAACUGACUCUUUCUACGGCGAAUAUUUUCCACAAAGACUCGACAGAUCUAUGAUAUAUCGAUCGCCGCGUAAAGCGUAAAUUAUCUUAAUGAGCUCCCGAUGAAAACUGUUUUUCAUAUCCUGAUUCUAAGAUCGCGUUCAGAAAGAUCACAGAGUAUUUCAUCCGUAUAAUAAAGAUAAAAGAAGAAAAAAAAAAGGCUUGAUAUUUUUGAUACGUUAUUAUCUCGAAUUUUAUAGCGUCGAUUUCAAUUAAUCGCUUUCCGCGGUCUCAAACGAGAAGAUAAAUUUUCUAUUAGCACGUGCGGACAACUAUAGUCAAUUAAACGUGAACAUGGAACCCGACUCGCUAUUAAUUACGAGGUCAUAUGCGGAUAAGCGGUUUAAAGUGCAUUUUCUCAUGUCGUAACACGUGAGCGUUGCAUCAAAUAUGUAUGUGUAACACAUAAUUUUUAAUAACGAGUCGACUGAUGAGGUAAAAGAAUUUUACUUCACUCAUGCGUUUUCUAUAAUUACAACAUCCUCGAUUUCUUCUACGCGACUUGGCAGUAAAAUACGAUUACAUAAACAUUUAAGCAUUUUUUUUACUAUAACAAUCUUAAUUACUAAGCGAUAACUGUUUCAAAUAUGUUAGAUACGGAAUGUUCCAUUUUUCGAAUGUCAUUCUCGUUUUAAAUUUUUUUGUUAACUCGUAUCGAUAUUUCCUUAAUAAAAAAAAACGUAUGGGAGAA